AUUAUAAUUCCGAGACCGGAAGUCGCUUCCAUAUAAAAAAAUCAGACAGUCAAAAAAAGGGACAAAAACGUAAGAGAAAAAAAAAAAGUGGGAAAAGGAAAAAAGGAAUCAAAAUUCUGAAAAAUUAGACAACGAAUUGACUGUUAAAGUAAUUUAAGUUAUCGUAUCAUAUAAGGAAAGUUAAACCAGAGUCAGUAGGAUAAAAGACAGACAUAUUGGGGAUAAGAGAGAAUCACAAAAUAAUAAACAAUUAAUUAAAGAAUCAUUUUUUCACAUCUCCAUUUACUUAUUUGGUGUCAAUUUAAUCAAAGCUAUACCAUAUAAUCCAUAAUGACGUCGUUGCAAACAGCAGUGACGGAUACCAAUACUUAUUACCAAGGCACUCCAACAGGUGCCACUUAUUACAAUUCACAUACAAAUGGCAUCAGUAGUAGUAAUCAACAAUCACAAAUGGACACAGGAUCUUCCUCCUCAACAUCGACUCACUCUACACCAUAUUAUGAUGCAAGCCAACAGCAACAACAAGUGCAACAACAAGUACAUCAACAAGUACAGCAACAACAGACCUAUUACGAAGAAGAGAAAAAUGAUAAUAAUAGUCCUGUGGAAGAACAAGGAGGAGAACAACCGUUCUAUGUCAAUGCCAAACAAUAUCAUCGAAUUCUAAAAAGAAGAAUAGCUAGAGCCAAAUUAGAAGAGAAUUUAAAAAUUGCUAGAACUAGAAAACCAUAUUUACAUGAAUCAAGACAUAAACACGCCAUGAGAAGACCUAGAGGUCAAGGUGGUAGAUUCUUGACUGCAGCUGAAAUAGCGGAAAAAGAAAGACUUGAAAAGUUGAAGGAGUUGGAAGAUAAACAAAAUGAAAGUAAUAAUGAUAAUACGAAUAGUAACGAAACAAUCAAUAAUAAUAUUGGUACUACUACGACUGACAGUGGUAGUACAAGCCUUACUUCAUCUGAACCAGCUACUGUGGAUGGUAUUGUCAGUACUGGUGAUGCUACCACAACUACAGGUGUUUCAGAAAGUGUUAUAUCUGACUCAGACAAAAAGUCUACCUUAAAAAUUGAUAAUCCAGAAGAAGAUGCCAUGUUUGAAAAUCUAAUCAAUGCUGCUGAUAACGCUAACAAUUAGAUUAUCAAUCUUAAAAGUAUAAUUGCAAAACCACAAGAAAAUUCAAAACAAUCAAAAGACAAGAUAAAACUCUCCCAAAAACAAAUUUAACAAAAUGUGAAAAAGUUUGUAUUCCCACCCCUGUCGUUGUUUGACUUUAGUUUCUUUUUAUUUCUAUUUGUAUUAUUUUUACGAAAUAUAUAUAUGUGUUACGAAAAUUGGUAAAUCUACAAGAAUUUA